UACUAUGGAUCUGGAGGGAAUAGAGGGUCUGAAUGAGGUCCGUCCUGUAGUUUAUCGUGCUGCCCUGAAGCUUCGCUCUUUACAGAAGCUAUGCCAGAUGCAUUUAGUCUUUUUCCGGGACUUGCGGCCCGUUCUCCGUGCUGUGGGGGGUUCGGGGGACCCCACAGUGAGUCUCUCCCAGCAGAACUUGAGGCAGAGUCUAGAGCAGCUCUUCCAUGGCGUCUUACAGGAACUACCAGAGCAGGCGGUAUCAGAGGCCACUGAACAGACCACCAGACUCCUCUUCAAACUCUACGACAGAGAGGAGACUGGCUUUGUCCUGCUCAGAUCUGUGGAGGCUGCUCUAGUUGUCCUUUCAGGAGACACUCUCUCUGCCAAACACAGAGCUCUGUUCCAGUUAGCUGUUAGCUGCAGUGCGAGGCAGGGAACUGAGAGCAGCUCGGUCAGCCACGGUGGCCUCAGAGUGCUGCUAAAUGACCUCAGCCAGGUCCCAGCAGUGGUUCAGGAAAACCAUGUUUUUGGACACACAGAGACUGCAGUCCGUUCCUGCUUUAAUGGAGUGAUUAGUGCGAGUGUAGGGGAGGAACACUUUGUGAGCUGGCUGCAGUCGGAGCCUCGUCUUCUGCUGUGGCUCUCCACUCUCUAUAGGCUGUCAGUCAGCGAGGCUGUGCUGCACAGAGUCCGCUGCCAUGCCUGCAAGGCCUUCCCCAUCUCAGGCCUCAGGUAUCGCUGCCUAAAGUGUCUGAAUGUGCACCUUUGCCAAAACUGCUUCCUCACUGAGACACGCACAAGAAAGCAUAAACCGUACCAUCCAGUUCUGGAAUACUGCACUCAGCCCUCGUGGAAAGAAUCAAUGGCAUCGCUGGCGUCCAGUGCCCGUCAUGCUCUUCUGCCCAGGCGCUACACCAGGAGAGAGGUGGAGAGGAGGGCACUUAGAGCUAGAUCUGACAUAGAACCACAGCACAGUACUUACUUUCCAGUGCAGCCACAGCAGCAGUGUGCCAGUGAUCCUGGAGGUCUUCCUCCUCCUCCUCCUCCUCCUCCCUCUGAUUCUCCUCCUCUGCAGAUGAAAGUGGAGUCUAAAGCCCUGCAGACAGACGAGCCAGACGCACAGCCUCAGAGGAAAACAUCUCUUCUUCAAAAAGACCUAAGCAUCACGCAAAAGGCCAUGAGGGACCUGCAGAGAGAUAAAUGGCUGCUGGAGAGAGAGUUUCAGGUGUGGAAAGUAGCAGCACAGUCAGAGCACGACUCUCUGGAGGACAGGUGUGCAGAGCUGGAGACCACCAUGGAUGCACUGAACCAUCACAACCGACAGCUGGAGGAAGAGCUGGAACAAAUCCGACAUGCUUUGAGUAUGAGAGGAAGAUGUGAAUUUGGCAGUCCUGACAUCCAACAACUUCCCCCCUCACCUCCCUCACAGCAACACAACGGAGAUGACACGAGUGAGAAACAGCGGACAGCGUCCGAGAGUACAGAUUCACACCGCGGCUCCGUGGCUGAAGAGGGAGAGCCAGAGCGAGAGGAGGAGGAGGAGAAAGAAGAGAGGAUGUGGGAGAAAAAGGAAGAGGAGGAUGCCGCUCUUCAUCAGAUGCAAGAGGAAGCUCAUAUGGGUUUAAAUGUUAUGGAAGGUCUGGUAACACAGGCGAAAGAGGAGGUGCAGCUUGUUGGAGAGCCUGAAGAAGAGGCUUUAGAAGAGGCAGAGGAGCCAGAGCUUGAGAGGGUGGAGCUUAUCACAGAAAGUCCACCCUCAUAUGGGUCCGCCCAGGAGGAUUCUGGGACAGAAAACUCAGAUGAGGAAGAAGAGGAGCUCUGUGACUUGGUGCAGAGACUUAAGGGUGCGCUCCUUCUAGCCGCUCCCACAGGGUCCAGUGCUCAUCAGAGAGAGGCGCUGUUACAGGCAGCAGGAGCUGUUGGAGAUUCUGUAUCUCACCUGGUUACUUCUGUCAGAUCCUUCACCUAGUCUACAGA